GCGGCGCCGGCGCGGUGGCCCACAGACCUCCGCUCAGGCUCCGGUGCCAGUGGUGCUUCCCGGCAGAGCCAUGGCCACUUUCCGCUUGGCCCUCAUCCAGCUUCAAGUUUCUUCUGUCAAAUCAGAUAACCUCACUCGAGCCUGUGGCCUUAUCUGGGAGGCAGCAAAGCAAGGAGCCAAAAUAGUUUCUCUGCCAGAAUGCUUUAAUUCUCCAUAUGGUACGAAAUAUUUUCCUGAAUAUGCAGAGAAAAUUCCUGGUGACUCCACACAGAAGCUUUCUGAAGUAGCAAAGAAGUGCAGCAUAUAUGUCAUUGGAGGUUCCAUUCCUGAAGAGGAUGCUGGGAAAUUAUAUAAUACCUGUGCCGUGUUUGGGCCCGAUGGAACUUUACUGGUAAAGCACAGAAAGCUCCAUCUGUUUGACAUUGAUGUUCCUGGGAAAAUCACAUUUCAAGAAUCUAAAACGUUGAGUCCUGGUGAUAGUUUCUCCACAUUUGAUACUCCUUACUGCAGAGUGGGCCUGGGCAUCUGCUACGACAUCCGCUUUGCAGAGCUGGCACAAAUCUAUGCACAGAGAGGCUGCCAGCUGUUGGUAUAUCCUGCAGCUUUUAAUUUGACCACCGGACCAGCCCACUGGGAGUUGCUUCAGCGAGGCCGCGCUGUUGAUAAUCAGGUGUACGUGGCCACGGCAUCUCCUGCCCGGGAUGACAAAGCCUCCUAUGUUGCCUGGGGAUACAGCACCGUUGUGAGUCCUUGGGGGGAGGUCCUCGUCAGAGCUGGCACUGAAGAAAUGGUCGUGUAUUCAGACAUAGACCUGAAGAAGUUGGCUGAAAUACGCCAGCAAAUCCCCAUUUUUAGCCAGAAGCGCUCAGACCUCUAUGCAGUGGAGGCGAAAAAGCCCUAAUGUUUAUGUUUCCAACGUGUCAUGAAACAGGAAGAUAUGUUUCUACAACAUAAUCAACUCCCUUCUGAAUUCUUUAAUGGAGAUUCUUUUUUGUUUUUUUUUAAUUUCAGCCUUUUCCCUUCCUGGAUAGGGAAGCUCUCUGUUGAGAUGGUGGAGCAUCAACUGAUGCUGGUAUUCUCCACACCAUAUUAAAUAGUCAAAAAGGACUCAGGCUGGCAUAGACGAGCAGAAGGCAAGGGAAUGGCUGUAAGUCUUCCAUAUUCAAGUUAUCUCAAAGCAAUUAGUAAAAGUAUCAGAUCUUGGUAUCCUUAAUGGUUGAUUGACCAGAUAUGAAUAGAUCUGUGUCAUGAACUUCUUAUCUGAUUGUUGGAGUUGGAAUCCAUUACGUAGAAAACUUGUUCUUUGAGCAGUACCUUAAAGUUACAUUUUUGGUCUGUGAGUAGCUAUGGAAAGCAAGGUGAUGGAUCCUUGGUGUUGGCUAGAGGAGAUGGCAGCACCUUUCCUAGCAGCCUUUGGGCUCUUCAAAUUCAGGAAGGAGCUAACUAUUUAAGACCCCCUUAGUUUUAGGGGAAACAUUGUUUCAAUAAUGAGCCCCCUGGGAGAAUGGCAGUAGCAUAAUUUGUCAAGGUAACUAAAGUGUGAGUCUCUGCAAAAGAUUUUCUUGAUAGGGGUGAGUGUCUCUUUUUCUUUUCUCCCUAGUAACACUUAUAGCUUGAUAAAGGUAAGUUUUUAGCCCAGUGGUUUUCAGAAUCCUUUUACAUAAUUAAAAAUUAAGAAUUCCAUUGAGGUUUAUGUAUGUUAUAGCUAGUGGUGGGUUGGUAAAUGUUUAAUGACCAGCUGUCUGAGAAGAAGUCGAUUUUGUAGUAGCAUUUGCCAAUUUCCAUGGUGUACUUACUGCCAAAUUCAAGCUAUCAGUGUAACACUUCUAAACACAGAGCUGGGAAUAGAUGUGCUCGAUUGGCUCUUGUGAGCUGGUGCAAUUCUACUCUAGCACACCACUGUUUACAUAUGUAUAGAUAUUUGCCAUACUGGAAAAUAAAAUUUAAAACAAAAGAAUACACGAACACGCAUCCCAUUAUCUAUAAGAAUGAUGACAUUAUCAUGUGCAGUUUAACCAGCACUGUAUACGCAGAAGUGUUGUACAGUGAAAAAGGCAAAUGACUUUUUAAAAAUAAGUGUAUAAUUUGGCAAAAUUUGACAUGUAUAUACAUGAAACCACUUCAAUCAAGAUAAUAAAUAUACCCACCACCCCUAAAAGCUUCUUUGUGCUCUUUUAUAAUCUCUCUGGCUACUCCUCACAUCCUCAGGCAAACACUGAUCAGCUUUGUCACUACAGAUUAGUUUGAAUUUUCCAAAAUUACCCAAAAGUGGAAUCAUACUAUAGUUUUUUGUGUCUUCUUUCACUCACCAUAAUUAUUUGGAGAUUCAUCCGUGUGUGUGCUUCAGUAAUUCAUUCCUUUUUUAUUGAGUUAGUAGUCCAUUGUAUGGAUGUACUGGAAUUUAUCCAUUUACCUGUUGAUAGACAUUUGAAUUGUUUCCAGUUUUGGGCUAUUAACAAAUAAAGCUGCUAGCUACAUUUUGUA